UGGUCCUAGCUAGGAGACAUUCAGACAUGGCGCACCAGAGGCAGAGAGACACGAGCAGCGAGGAGGAGCUCCCACGUGAGCCGUGGACGGUGGAGAAGGACGUCCACCUCCUCAACAACUUAGCCGCGCAUGGCGGCGAGUUCCAACGCGAGCCGUGGGUGGAGAAGGACGACGCCGCGUCGUGGACGGUGGAGAAAGACGACGUCCCGCUCGUCAACAACAUCGUCGCGCACGGCGAUCCCGAGGGCAGUUCGAACUCGCUCGCCCGAUCAGGAGGACAUUUGGCCAAUGUCCACGAGGGAGCCGGCAUGUUUUAUCAGCCCAACUUCAAGUACAUUUUCUGUGAUAUGGAUGGCACACUGCUGGAUAGUAGCGGUCUAGUUCCAGAAACCAACGCUGAGGCCAUUAGGGUGGCCAGGUCAAGAGGGGUACAAACAAUCAUUGCGACAGGAAAGUCCCGCCCUGCUGUUAUUGAAGUUCUUGGCAAGGUUAAUUUAGCUGGCACAGGUGGUAUCGUUUCAGAAUCGUCUCCAGGAGUAUUUCUUCAGGGUUUGUUAGUUUACGGCGAGGGGGGCCAAAAGUUAUAUCAACAGAAUUUAGAUAUAGAAGUGUGCAGAGAGGCGCUUCUAUACUCUCUGAAGCACAGAGUUGCCCUGGUGGCCUUCAGCCAGGACGACUGCUACACAACGCUUGAUGAUCAUCCUCUGGUGGACUUUUUCCAUGUUAUGUACCACGAACCAAAGCAGCUCCAGCCUCGAGACUACGAGCACGACGGCGCAGAUACCUUGUGUGGGGAUCCUGACCACCAGGGUCGAGAGGCUAGAGCGCAGGGACAGCAGAUCCCGACGCAUCAGGUUGUGGAGCAUGGCGUGCAGGCCCAAGGUGACGUGCCUCAAGCUCUGUGGCUUGGCCCCGCCGAUCCGAUAGUAAGGCGGCAGCGCUGCACACAGUCCGAGUAAGUCUUACUUGUGGCAGGCAUGCGGGAGAAAACAGUGCCAAUAUACCCUGCAUAAAGCCCCUUCAAGCCAUGAUCUCUCCAGAUAGAACAGCCAGCAAUGUACUACCCAUAUAUAUGAGUUCCAUGAGUUUGAGAAAUACUUCCUUUAGCUACAGCUGAUGCCCAAGAUUUUUGGGUACCUUGGACUUGCAUUCUUUGUUUCAUGACUUCACAAGAAUGAAAUCACCUGAAAUCAAGAAUGAAACAUAUAUGUAGUAUCCAUGAAGCAAAAUAGGAAAUUAUCUUGAGACAUCAUGCAUUCCAACAGAACCUACACCAGGGGUGCUAGAAAAGUUUGUUGGUGCAGAUAUAAAGUCCCCAUUCAGAAAAAACCAAGUACAAAUCUAACUACAUUAAGCAAUGUCAUGAAAAUUUUCAACAAGUAAAAUACAGAAAAAAAAAGGGAAAAUAGAGUGCUUACCAAUCGCUCCAGCAAUAAAAUGUGACCAGUGUCCACUUAGUUUAGGAUUAACAAUCUCCAACCAUGUCUUAGUUGAUUCAAUAACACUGAUAUAUGUAGUGCCAGUCGCAAGAGAUCCGGUAACACCUGGGCUGAUUCCUCUGUAAAAACCUGAAAACAGGUCAACCGCAAUAUUUAUCAAGAUCACUAUUGAUGCUUAUUAGUGCGGAACAGUGUAUUUUUUUUGGCAGUUUUGGAGCUUAUAUGCUUUGACAUUUAAACUUUUUAGCUGUUUUUUUUAAUUUAAAAAGACAGCAUGAGCUUGCUACUUUCCCUUUUUUAAUUUUCAUUCACUAAAACCUUUUAGACCAUCCGAAGCCCAAACUGUCAAAAUAUAUAGACAAUUUUGUCCUCAACGUUUGAAAAUGAAAUAGAUGACCAAUCUCCAAAUAGAUAUCUUCAGUGUACUUGUUUAAGAGAAAAUUUUACUGAAUAACCACCCAAUGGAAAACAAACAUAAUAAAUAUGCACAAGUAAUCUCUUUUGCAUCAGGAAAACCCCAGGUCUAGUUCAACAUUUAAACUCACGAGGCCAAAGUACUAAGCUCCAGUUGCUUUAACCUCUCACCAUGAGACCACUCAAUUUCCCACUGUACCUUGCCAUCAACCAAAUUUGCAAAGUUGAGUAUUGGCUGGAUCUUAGCACCAAUCCAACGGUUGGAAUAGAAAAUCAUAAGCGGGGAGAAUUGGAAGAUAAAAUCUUAAGCGGGGAAAGUAAGAGAUUUGGUGCAUGCUUUGAACAUGCAAGUGAAAGUUACAUAGUACUAAUUUUAGCGAAUAAAAUGCUUUGAACACGGCUCCCUUCAUGCAUUGAAUCAGCAAAAAUAUGGAUGAACUAAUCUGAAGAUCCUUUCACAACAAUCCAUAAAGCAAUACUUCUCAUCAAGACAUCAGUACAUAAGAACAAUUAGUGAGGAAGCUAAGACCAAAAAAACAAAAAAUAUGACUAAUUAGAAGCCUCAGUUUAUACUAUCUUGUUAAAAAAAC